AGAAUCUGUGAUCGACGUAUUCCGAUUUUUAAUGAGAAAUACCUUAUAUAUAUAUAUACAAGUUUAAUAAGUUAUUUACUUAUACUUUGCCCGAUCUCAUUUGUUUGUUUGCUGCUGCGCAUGCUUUUUACUUAAAAGAUAUGUCACAAUCAGCUGAUUAGACUAAACUGAACGGUGGCAGGCAUGUUAACGAUUGAUUUUGUUGUCAGAUAGCUGUCAAUCAUAGAAUCAAAUAUCUGUGUCAAAUUAUGGAUUAAAUUCUAUUAUAUGUGCGGAUUUAAAUAGUGGACGUUCGUAAUGGCAUUUUUCGAGUGGCGCCGAUUUAAUUUCUUUGAUCUUAAGAAGGAAGUAGAUUCUGGAAAAGUAGCUAAAGCACUUGGGGAUGCACGAGUUACUGCAGCCACUAGUGGCAAUGGUCACUUGGUAUUUGGAGAUAAUACCGGUAGUGUACACUUAGUUAAUAGGACUUAUGAUGUUAAUACUUUUCGAGCAUAUGAAAUCUCAUUAACUUUAGCGCAACAAGUUCAGCAUUCCACCUUCCUCUUCACUAUUGGGGAGGAUGAACCUGGCUGUAAUCCUACCAUAAAAGUCUGGAAUUUGGCAAAGCCAGAUAAACAAGGAAAUCCAACCUGUGUUAGGAUUACUAGAGCUAUUCCUAGUUACAAAGCUUUUCCAGCGACUGCUUUAUGUGUACAUACUAGUCUUUCUUUAAUGGCAGUUGGUUUUGGAGAUGGUUCUAUAAUGUUAUAUAGAGGUAAUUUGACGAGAGAAAGAAAGAAUAAGAUAAAAGUUCUAAAGGAUACCAACAUUUCCAUAACUGGUUUAGCCAUAAGAUCUAUAGGCAAGCAGUAUCAUUUAUUUGUUGCUACAAAUAACAGUGUAUUUUUGUAUAAUAUAACUUUAAAAGAUAAGGAAUAUAAAUCUACUUUGGACAACAUGGGUUGUUCAAAGAAAUGCAGCGUUCUAGCUGAAUCUAUGCAAGAUAGUCAUUUCAUGAUUGGACGUAAUGAUGCAAUAUACUGCUAUACAACAGAUGGCAGAGGGCCGUGUUAUGCAGUCCAAGGUCAAAAAAUAAUGUUGGAAUGGUUUAGAAGUUACCUAGUGAUAGUUGCAAAAGAAGCAGCAAAUGUUCCAAGAACAACAACGACCAUAUCAGCGAAACCAAAUACCAUUGAACCAAUACCUCCUGGUGUGGAUAAACACAUGAUCACAGUUCUUGAUAUACAAAAUAAAUUUAUUGUCUUUUCUGCACCCAUGUUAUCAGUACAAGCUGUUCUAUCAGAAUGGGGUGGAUUCUUUAUUCUCAGCGGAGAUAAUAAACUUUAUCAUCUGGAUGAAAAAGAUUUGCAAUCAAAAUUGGCAUUACUUUUCAAGAAGAAUUUAUAUGAUGUUUCUAUAAGAAUAGCAAAAAGUCAGCAAUAUGAUGCAGAAGGUCUUGUAGACAUAUUUCGACAGUAUGGAGAUCAUUUGUAUUCAAAAAGUGAUCACAAUGGUGCUAUAGAACAAUAUAUUAAAACUAUUGGAAAACUUGAACCAUCUUAUGUAAUACGGAAAUUCUUAGAUUCUCAACAUAUAGAUAACUUAAAAACAUAUUUACAAGCAUUACAUAAAAAUGGUCAAGCAACAGAGGAUCAUACUACAUUAUUAUUGAAUUGCUAUACAAAACUGAAUCACACGGAUAAAUUGAAAGAGUUUAUUAUGACAAAAGAUCGUGGGGUUGAUUUUGAUGUUGAAAUUGCAAUCAAAGUUUGUCGCCAAGCAUCGCCUGAAGACGCUUUAUUACUUGCACAAAAGCAUAAUAAACAUGAAUGGUAUUUACGAAUUCAAAUAGAAGACAAACGUGAAUAUAAAAAGGCAUUAGAAUAUAUAGAAACGUUAGAGUUCGAAGAGGCAGAAUCAAAUAUGAAAAAAUAUGGAAAUAUUCUUAUAGAAAAUGUCCCAAAUGAAUCUACACAAUUUUUAAAAGGUUUAUGCACUGACUAUAGACCUUCCAAUAAGCCACUUGUAGAUCAGAGUACAUUAGAUGGUAACACAGACCAUCAUAUUGACAAAGCAAAUCCAGAAGACUUCAUAUAUUUGUUCUUAAAUAAUUCUGCUUGUUUAGUUGAAUUCUUAGAACAUUUGAUCAAAUCUGAAAGCAAGUGGAGUGCACUUGUGUAUAAUACUUUAAUAGAACAUUAUUUACAUCUUUGGUCAGCUCAGGACAAUUAUGUAACAAAAGUGCAAUAUGAACAAAAAAUUCUGCGAUUAUUACAAAGUUCUGAAGUGUGUUAUGACAAAGAUCAAAUUUUGAUUUUGUGUCAUCAGCAUAAUUUCCGUCGUGGAUUAUUAUUUCUUUAUGAGGAAAAUAAAUUAUAUCAAGAAAUAUUAAGAUUCCAUUUACAAGAAGGUGAUAGUGAACAAGUAUUGGCUACAUGCAAAAGAUUUGGCCACCAAGAUCCAAAUUUAUGGAUUCAAGCAUUAUGGAGUGUGGCUAAGAACAAGAAUGUAUCAGCUAAACUUUUGGCAGAUAUUUUAUCAUAUAUAGCACAAGAAAAGCUUUUAUCACCUUUAAUGGUAAUUGAUGCAAUUUCUACGUCUCUAUCUUGCACGCUUGGUGACGUAAGAAAUUAUUUAAAUAGUGUUUUACGAACAGAAAAUGAACAAGCACAAGCUGACGCUGACUUAGCUGAAAAAUAUCGUGUAGAUACUUCGAAGUUACGAGAACAAAUAGAAAUGAUCAAAAAUAAUACUAUAAUUUUCCAAGGAGCACGCUGUAGUGUUUGUCAUCAUCAAUUAGAAUUACCAUCUGUACACUUUAUGUGUCAGCAUUCAUAUCAUCAACAUUGCUUCCAGAGUUUUUCUGAAAAUGAAAAUGAGUGUCCGGCUUGUUUACCAAAUAAUAAAAAAUUAUUGGAUAUUAUAAGAGCACAGGAACAAUCAAGAGAUUUACACGAAACAUUUCACAGUUUGUUAGAUCGUGCAGAAGAUCCAUUUUCUUUGGUAGCUGAUUACUUUGGUAGAGGUGUUUUCAAAAAAUUAAUGGUAAUCACUGAUGCAGAUAAAUCAUUGUCUACUACACCGAUCAAGGCUGAAGAGCCAAAGUUAAUUUAUGGACAUAAUAUAGAAGCGAAGACUAAACUAAUAGAAAAAAAAAAUGCCACUACAUCAGUAAAAACAGAAUCUCGUUACUCAGGUCAAGAUGGUUAUUCCAAUAUUUCUAAUCUAAUUGGAGAUGAACGCAUACGUUCAUUUACAAAACCAGAUGUUUAUUCUUCUUCAUUGGAGGUAAAUAUAUCAGGUACAGGAAGUGGUAUAUCAACUCCACGGGGAAAUUCGAGGAAAGCUUCACCCGUACCCAUAAGAGAAGCACGUAUAUUGAAUAAUACGACACCAAAGUCAUCUCCAAUUCAAAAAUUUUUCGAACCACCAAAAGCACCUAUCGUACCAAUAAAUCAUUUCAAAACGGAUGAUUAUGAUGAAUCGAAAAAUCCAUUUUCUGAAGAUAAAGAUGACGAUGACAAAAAUCCUUUUAAGGAUGAUGAUGAUGAUGACAAUGAUUACGAUAAAAAUUUAAAUCCAUUUGGCAGAUAAAUUAUUUCCUUGAAUGAACUAUAAAUGAAAACAGUACAUUUCGAAGGAAAUAAAAAUAUUCGUGUAUAAUAAACUAAUGUAUCUGCUAAAAAAAUAUCUAAAAAUGACUCUAUAAAUGACAUAUAUAAUAGAUCUUGCUCGUCCAAAUAUUAAGUAAUCAAAUUCAUUAAUAUAAAAUCUUAAGGGCAAUUUUUAAUAAUAAUUUUGAAAUGUAAUAUUUAAAUAUCGAAAAAUGUCCAUACUCAUAUUUCAUUUGAGAAUGAACCGAUUGACAACUAAUUAGCAAUUAAAUGGAUACAAUGAUCAAUUAUCAUGCUUGAAUUAUAGUUUAAUGCAUUAAUAUUAUUUCACUGUAUAUAUAUAUAUCGAAAUAUAAACUUUUUUACUCUAA